AUGUCUGGCACGCCAAGCGUCAACUCUGCUGUUGAGCAGAAGGGCGAACGACUCAAUGUCGACGACAAAUCUGCAGCCUCUAGCUCAAAGCAGGCUGCUUCGACUGAGGUCUGGGCAAUUGGAGGCUCGGCAGAAUUGUAUGAGCCAAUCCCCGAGUACGAGGGUCGGCAUCGCUACGACCCAAAGGCAGAAUGGUCCGAGAAAGAGGAAAAGAAGCUGGUCAAGAAGCUUGACUAUAGAAUUUGCAGCUGGGUCUGCUUAAUGUUUUUCGCAUUGCAACUUGACCGUGGCAACAUCACGCAAGCAAACUCUGACAACAUGCUCGCUGAUCUCGGUCUAUCCACGAAUCAGUACAACUAUGGCAUGACCAUCUUCUAUCUCUGCUUUCUCUGUGCCGAACUGCCCUCGCAGAUGCUUUCGAAGAAGCUAGGCCCGGAUGUAUGGAUUCCGAUUCAGAUGACCCUGUGGAGCACUGUCGCCAUUUGCCAGUGUGCCAUCAAGGACCAGACAGGCUUCUACGUAACCCGCGCACUGCUGGGUCUCAUCGAAGGCGGCUUCAUUCCGGACGCCAUUCUAUACCUCUCGUACUUCUACACCAGCAAGGAACUGCCCGUCCGUCUCAGUUGGUUCUACGUUACUAGCAACGCAUUCACUCAGACCAUUGCAGCUUUCCUUGCAUUUGGCAUUCUGCACUUGCGAGGUACGGGAGGCUGGGAGGGUUGGCGGUGGCUGUUCGCCCUUGAAGGUGGUCUGACAGCAGUGAUCGGCAUCCUCUCUUGGUUCUAUCUCCCACCAAGUCCGACUCAGAGUGCUGGUGGACUUCGUGGAAAGGACGGCUGGUUCUCCGAGCGGGAAGAGAUCAUCAUGGUCAAUCGCAUCCUCAGGGAUGACCCGAGCAAGGGUGGAAUGCACAACAGACAAGGCUUGACUUUGAAGCUCCUGUGGUCCGCUCUCUGCGAUUGGGACCUUUGGCCGAUUUAUCUCUACGGCUUCACACUUCUCAUCCCCGUUCAGCCGGUCACGGCGUACAUGACGCUCAACCUUCGAGCGCUUGGCUUCGACACAUUCCAAACCAACCUACUGACUGUCCCGGCAUAUGUCCUCUUCUUUAUCCAGCUGAUAGGCUGGACUCAGUUUUCGGAGCGCUUCAACAACCGAUUCUUCACCGUUUUCAUUUACUCUGUUUGGGUAUUCCCACUUCUGCUGGCACUGGAGUUGCUCCCAAGCACAGCAAGCCCUUGGAGCUGGUAUGCGGUGACUGCUUUGACAAUCGGAUACCCAUAUGUUCAUUCCAUCCUGGUUGCCCUGACAUCUCGCAAUGCGGGUACUGUACGCACACGCACCGUCGGAAGCGCAGUCUACAACAUGACGGUGCAAGCCAGCAGUAUCAUUGCUUCCAACAUUUACCGUACCGAUGACGCACCCUUGUACCGCCGCGGAAACAAGGUCUUACUUGCUAUCACUGCCUGGAACGCUGUGUUUGCCUGGAUGAUCAAAGGCUACUACAUGUGGAGAAAUAAGAAGCGGGAUGAUGUUUGGAAGAACAUGAGUCAACAGGAGAAGGACAAUUACUUAGCAACAACGAAAGAUGAGGGAAGCAAACGUUUAGAUUUCCGGUUUGCUCAUUAG